AUGGAUCCGUGGUCAAAGGAGCUGGAAGGUCGCUAUGCCCAAUACAAACAAAGUGUGUUUGAAACAAAGGACGCCAGAGAUCGAUAUCGUGCAGAGGAAAACAGCAAAGACCACUUCCGGGUCGCGUGCCUAGCGAUCGACCUCGGCGAGCACGCCCUAAAGUAUGUUCCAAACAGUCCAAAUCCAGCCCUACCAGAAUACCGACAUAUGGCCCACAUCAGGUCAGCUUAUGAUCGACUCUACGUCCUCCACACCUGGUGGAAUGCGUAUGAUGACGUUCCACGUACCUGGAAUCACAUUGAGGAGGCUGGAAAGUGUAUUGUUCAAGCUGAAAAGGCUCUCGCCCAAGCUAAAAUGCAGAAGGACUACUACGCUCGUAGCAACCAAACCACUUCCUGA